CAGUGGCAGGGGUUGGGGUAGGGGCCGUGCCUGCCUCUUGAAUAACGACCAAACCGCCCGUUUAGCUCGAGUCGGCGGCAACCACUCAACGGAUUUGUAAACAUUUCGCAGUUUUUCUUUAAACUGAAUGAGUUGAGUUCUCUUGGCAGCCAAAAAGCAUUAACAGUUUGGGCCGACACGAGAAGCACGCGUCUCCGUUCCGUGAAUGUAGGAGAUUGAACAACCAUAGCGAAUGGCACAUAAGAAAAAGUUAAGAAAAAGAAUAAUAAAAUAAGUUUUAAUACAAUUUAAGCAAAGUAUCUGCGACAAAAAUGCCGACAAUGCGGGUAUGUUUACAAUGGUCAGCGGUGCUCUUCAAUACUUUUACUCUGAUAAUUGGCUGCCUUGCUGCACUGGCCGGUGCAUAUGAGCUGCUAUACCAACUGGAUGAGGGCUUUACAGAUCACAUUGAUGUAAAUAAGAUUAUACAAUUAACCACGGCAGGCAUACUUAUACUGGCCGCUAUCAUUGGCUGUACGGGCGCUUUCUUGGGCUCCAUCAAGGUGCUUGUGGUGCAUAUGGUUUUGUUGGUGCUGCUGAUUGGUGCACACGUCUGGCGACUGGCGCACUACAAUGAGUCCAAGUAUAUGGAUGCCACAGAGGUGUUUGUCAUGGACAUUUGGAUGAAGGAGCUAUCGCAUCCUAAUUCCAUGCAAACGCUUCAGCACAGGUAUAAAUGCUGUGGCAACAAGGGCUUCUCGGACUACACUAGCCUACACAUGAAAGUGCCAUAUUCCUGUUUCCACACCGAGGAUGGCUUACAUGCUCUGUAUCCCUAUCCCGAGGGCUGCAUGACAGCAGUUAAACGAGUCCACCUGAACAUCUACCGCUAUGAGAUGUGGACGCACUGCGGACUCAUUGGCUAUGAGAUUGUCAGCAUCAUAUUAGCCAUAACUUUGAGCUGCCAGCUGACCACUAAAACACGUCGCUAUGCCUACUAAAACUACGAUUUAUAUGCUGCAUUUGAUUGUACAAUAAACGAUUUAUUGCAUGUGAUGAA